GAAUAUUUGAGCGGAGUCAUAUAAUAACAUUUUCAUGACACAAAUUGUGUGUAACACAAUUAUGAAAUAACUUGUCAACUAUAAUUAUUAUACUUGAACUGCUACGUUCGUUCAGACCAACAAGGAUGAAGUUUCGUGGAAAAAUUACGGAUGCUCACUACAUCCGAUUAUUUUCUCAUUUCAUCGGGACGCUGAACAAAUUUUCAAAGGUGAUGGUGCUGCGAGUGAUGCCGGACAAGUUGGCAUUUCUUCUCCAUGAUAAAUUGAACUGGUCAGGGGCGGAUACGGGAGUUGGGAGUCAAACGGUGGGGGGUGGAGGUGUAGGCGGCGGGGCAACGGCCUGGGGCGAAGUCCCAAUCCAACCCUACUUCUCAGAGUUCAAAAUGAUAGGCAUUUCUCAAGAGGAAAAUGAAAUAUACAUGGAACUUGGUGCAGACGCGUUUGCAUCGAGCCUAAGUACAUUAAAAUUGGCACAGGAUGGCGUGUGUUUGAAAAUGAAACUCACAAAAAAGGUGGUUCCCUGUCUAACGCUGGAAAUUGGAGAGCUAGGCAACAACAUUUCACUCACAUGUACUCACGACAUUGCUGUCCAUAUAAUUCCAAAGAAAAAUUGGUCUGAUUAUCAGUGUCCAAACGCCCUUCUGUUCAAUAUAAGCUUAACAAUGCCAGAAUUAAAGCACCUUCGACUGAUGAUUGAGAGAAUGAGAAACGUUUCUCAGAAGUUAAUUUUUAAAAUGGGCAAGGAAGGGAAAUUAGUCUUGUCGGUGGUUACUUACAAUGUUGAAAGCAAAGUCACAUUCAACGAUCUUACUGUAAUUGAUUCCAGUGAUGACGAAGAUCGUCCUUUAACGCCAGUUGUUCAUGGAUCUGAAGCCCAUUAUUCAGUUGAGGUGGAUAUGAAAUCGAUUUUACACCUAUUGCCUCCUGAAGGAGCAAAACCAACUUCCAUGAUUUUCAGUAUAGCUGACAGCCGCCUGCUUCAUUGUUUAUUUUAUUUUGGUGAUCUUCAGAUCCAGUAUUUUGUACCAGGAACAGCAGCGAUAUAGCCUGCGAGACAAGAUUUUUGUGUGAUAACUUUGUAAGGUCUUUAAAUAUUACAUACAUAAUAUUAUUUUUAAUCCAGUUCCGCAGAGACCAAUUAAUAUUGAUCAACUGUAUUUGACUAAUCUUCGUUUUGUAAUGUUUUGUGGAAAAUAUUUUAUUUUUAAUAAAUUUACAUUACACAGCA